AUGGAGCAUUGUAAUUGUGACAAAGAUUCCAUAAAUAGUUCAACUGAGAAAUCUGAGGAUUUUGAAGAAAUGGUAUCAAAUGAUUCUAAUUAUAUGCCAUUAAAAAAGAAAACUAGCAUUAUAGUAAAUAAAUGCAUAAUUGAAGAAAAAUUUUCCAUUAAAGCAUCAAUUGACUUUGGUGGCAAUAUAAAUGGUAUUAGCCAAAAAAUUAUUAAUGAGCUGGAUCUUACAUACCACAAUGAAAGUAAUAGUGCUGAAUUACAAACUCCACUUGCGUCCUAUUCUAUAUUAGGAAAGUUUAAAUUUCAUUGGCCUGAUCAUUACCCUGAUUUAAUUUUGGGAAUGUCAUGGUCGCAAAAAAAUAAUGCAACUAUUGAUACGUGUAAUUUAUUACUUACUAUAGAUGAUAACUUUGCGAUUCCAUUCAAAGGAGUAAAAUAUGAACCUACACAGAAUAACGAGCCAGAUCAGUGA